AUGACUCAACUGUCAUUUGAGAAUGGAGUGGAUGAAGAUGGUGACGUGAAUUGGAAUGGCGUCAUGGCAGGAAACGAUGAAACUUUGCCAAAAGUUGCGAAAAAAAUUGAUAAACUAAACUUGCCAGGAAUGAAAAAAAAAUCUAGCAAUAGAUCUCUUUUUAUAUUUAGUAAUGAAAAUUUCAUCCGAAAAUAUGCUCAACUCAUCAUCGAAUGGACAUAUCCUUUACAUUCUGUUCUUAGCACUAUUAUUGCUAAUUGCAUCGUGUUAGCCCUAGAGGAACAUUUGCCAGAAAAUGAUAAAACUCCGCUAACUCUUGAACUAGAGAAAACCGAAGUAUACUUUUUAGGAAUAUUUUGCAUUGAAGCAACUUUUAAAAUCGUGGCUUUGGGAUUUGUGCUACAUAAUGGGUCAUACUUGAGGAGUGCAUGGAAUAUUAUGGAUUUUAUAGUUGUCGUAACAGGAUUCAUAACGAUAUUUGCGAGUGGUGGAGGAAGUAACGGCUUCGACCUCCGGACGUUGAGAGCAGUCAGAGUACUGAGGCCUUUGAAAUUAGUUUCUGGAGUUCCAAGUUUGCAAGUGGUGCUGAAAUCAAUUUUGAAAGCAAUGGCCCCACUGUUACAAAUAGCUCUUCUGGUGUUGUUUGCUAUUGUUAUUUUUGCCAUCAUUGGUUUGGAAUUUUUUAUGGGAGCGUUUCAUUCCGCUUGUAAGGCGGAUGCUUUCGGUGAGAUAGUUUUGAAUCCAGAAGAAGACGAAGUGAGUCCGUGCUCUUCAAAUAAAGGCUGGUUCACAUUUGGAGCCAAUUUUUGUCCUGCCAACAGCAGGUGCUGGGAUGACGCGUACAUCGGUCCGAAGUAUGGCAUCAUCAGUUUCGACAACAUCGGUUUCGCCAUGCUGACAGUUUUCCAGUGCAUCACUAUGGAGGGGUGGACAACAGUCUUGUAUUAUACCAAUGACGCUUUAGGAAAUGCCUUCCCGUGGAUGUACCACGUACCUCUUAUAAUUCUUGGCUCAUUCUUCAUGCUCAACUUGGUACUUGGUGUCCUAAGCGGCGAAUUUGCGAAAGAAAGAGAGAAAGUGGAGAGCAGACGGGCGUUUUUAAAACUACGGAAGCGUCAGCAGGUAGACCGCGAAUUAGAUGGCUACCUAGAGUGGAUUUGCAAAGCCGAAGAAGUGAUAUUGAGUGAAGAGAAGACAACAGAUGAAGAGAGGCUAAAAAUUAUACAAGCCCGCCAAAAAAUAGCAGCCACAAAGAUGAAACAGAUGCAGCAGUUGGGUAGUAAGGACGAGACUGACCUUGACGACAACCUGGAGCUCUUCACAGCAAUGGGAUUCCUUAAAAAUCAGAAAAAGCCAUCUUACAGCCGGUUUUCAGGCUUGUGGAGAAUAGAAAAACAAAUCAAGUUCAAAGUUCGCCACAUAGUCAAAUCUCAGGGAUUUUAUUGGUUGAUAAUUGUCCUCGUCUUCCUCAACACAGUCUUCGUGGCAGUUGAGCACUACGAUCAGGCUGCUUUUCUUACUGACUUUUUAUGCAAUUACUAUGCAGAAUUUGUAUUCCUUGGUUUGUUCAUGUUUGAAAUGCUCUUCAAGAUGUACGGUCUGGGCAUACAAAUUUACUUCCAGUCUUCAUUCAACAUAUUCGACUGCGUGGUGAUAGCGGGAAGUUUGUUUGAGGUUGUCUGGGCUGAAUUCUACAAAGAUAGUUCAUUCGGUAUCAGCAUAUUGAGAGCUAUGAGAUUGUUGAGGAUUUUCAAAGUCACCAGGUACUGGUCAUCCCUGAGGAACUUGGUGAUAUCGUUGCUAAACAGCAUGAGAUCGAUCAUCUCUCUGUUGUUUCUGCUCUUCCUUUUCAUACUCAUAUUUGCUCUGCUUGGAAUGCAACUAUUCGGAGGAGAAUUCAACUUCUCCACCGGACGACCGCCGUGCCACUUCGACACAUUCACUCAAGCCUUAUUAACCGUGUUUCAAAUCCUAACAGGGGAGGAUUGGAAUGAGGUGAUGUUUUUCGCCAUACAGUCACGCGGAGGCAUUCAAAAAGGCGGCAUGUUGUACUCCGUAUACUUUAUCAUUCUAGUGCUCUUUGGCAAUUAUACGUUGCUGAAUGUCUUUCUUGCUAUCGCCGUCGACAACCUUGCCAACGCUCAAGAACUGACUGCCGCUGAGGAGGAACAGGACGAACAAAAACGUCUGAAAGAACUGGAGAAAGAUGGCCUCUGUCUGGCCAACAUACCUGACACCUUGCCAGGAAGCAUUGAUCCGCCCCACGUUAACAUCUGCCCACCGAGUCCGCAGAACAAUGUCGAUCCAAAAACUAUCAACUUCAACGUGUUAGCAGUCGAAAUGUUUUUGAUACAGUUUGGCAGUUCGUACAACAAAAACAACAUAGAGGCCUCCUUAAGACGUCUGGAUGCACUGAGAAUCAUCAACAACAACGACGUGGGUGCAAGUCAACAAAGUUUCGACUCCCAUUCGGCGAGCUCGGAAGGAGAGAGUGAUGAUGAUCAGAGUGCGUUUGACGGGCCCAAACCCAUGUUACCAUACAGCUCCAUGUUCAUUCUAGGCUCAACUAACCCAAUUCGACGAUUCUGUCACUUUGUGGUCAACUUGCGAUAUUUUGACCUGUUCAUAAUGAUCGUCAUAUGCGCGUCAAGUAUUGCACUGGCGGCAGAGGACCCAGUUCACGAACAUUCAACCAGGAAUGAGAUCCUCAACUAUUUUGAUUUUGUUUUCACAGGCGUGUUUACCGUGGAGAUGACGUUGAAAGUAAUCAACCAAGGAAUUAUUUUCCAUCCCGGAUCGUACUGUAGAGAUCUGUGGAAUAUUCUAGAUGCAACGGUUGUCAUCUGCGCUUUGGUUGCAUUUGCUUUUUCUGGUGAUACAAAUUCCGCCAGCAAGAAUUUAAAUACAAUCAAAUCUCUGAGAGUAUUGAGGGUUCUAAGGCCACUCAAAACUAUAAAUCGUGUCCCAAAGUUGAAAGCAGUAUUUGAAUGUGUGGUGAAUUCGUUGAAGAACGUGUUCAAUAUAAUGAUCGUCUACAUGCUCUUUCAGUUUAUUUUUGCUGUAAUAGCCGUUCAACUCUUUAAAGGAAAAUUUUUCUAUUGUACGGACGAAUCAAAAACUAUCAAAGCGGAAUGCAGAGGUGAUUAUUUUGAAUACCAAUUGGUGCGAGGGGCAUACGUGCCUGAGGUCAAAGUCAGAAAGUGGGAUAAAAGAGAGUUCAAUUACGACAAUGUCCCGAAAGCCAUGUUGACGCUCUUUGCCGUGCAGACUGGCGAAGGCUGGCCACUUGUCCUGAGAAAUUCAAUAGAUGCAACGCAUAAAGACGAGGGGCCACAACCAGGUUACCGCAUGCAGAUGGCCAUAUUUUACAUAAUCUAUUUCAUCGUUUUCCCGUUUUUCUUCAUCAACAUUUUCGUUGCCCUCAUCAUCAUCACGUUCCAAGAGCAAGGAGAACAUGAGUUGGAAGACCAAGAAAUGGACAAGAAUCAGAAACAGUGUAUUGAUUUUGUGAUAAACGCACGGCCUAUGUGCCGUUUUGUUCCAAAAAAUAAAAACUCUCUGAGGUAUUAUAUAUGGAAAGUCAUCGUGUCUCCGAUUUUUGAAUACACUGUCAUGGCGAUGAUCGUCUGUAACACUCUCCUACUCAUGAUGAAGGUUUCGUACAACCAAUACUCAAAUUAUCUCUCAGUCCUGGGGUAUCUCAACAUGUUUUUUACGUUUGCCUUCUUGUUUGAAGCUAUUCUUAAAAUUGCAGCCCUUGGUCCCAAACUGUACGCGAAGGAUAACUGGAACAAAUUUGAUUUCGUAACGGUGAUGGGCAGCUGUGCUGAAGUUCUCAUAUCUCACUUCUUCAAGGAUUCGAUGAUAAACAUCGGGUUUUUAAGACUGUUUCGGGCAGCUCGCCUGAUCAAACUGUUAAGACAGGGCUACACAAUAAGGAUACUUCUAUGGACAUUCGUUCAAUCAUUUAAAGCUUUGCCCUAUGUCAUCCUUCUCAUAGCUAUGCUCUUCUUUAUAUACGCCAUCAUUGGAAUGCAAAUAUUUGGCAACAUAGCAUUAAAAUCAAGCAGCGAUAUAAACAGACACAACAACUUUCGAACGUUUUUUAACGGAGUAUUGUUGUUAUUCAGGUGUGCAACAGGCGAAAGCUGGCAGCAGAUAAUGUUGUCCUGCAUGGCUGGCAAACCUUGCGACCCUGAGGCUUCUGUCACUAAGCAGAACUCGUGCGGGUUGGACAUCGCCGUUCCAUAUUUUGUCUCCUUCAUAUUUUUCUGCUCUUUUCUUAUGCUGAAUCUGUUCGUCGCCGUCAUUAUGGAUAACUUUGACUAUCUUACGAGAGACUCGUCGAUUCUCGGUCCUCACCAUUUAGACGAAUUCAUCAGAGUCUGGGCUGACUAUGACCCUGGAGCGACCAAUCGCAUCUCCGUCACAAACAUGUACGAGAUGAUGAGGACCAUGGAGCCGCCAGUGGGUUUCGGGAAAAAAUGUCCUUACAGGCUUGCUUACAGAAAACUCAUCCGGAUGAACAUGCCAGUGGACGAAAAUGGGACGGUCCACUUCUCGACGACGUUGUUUGCGCUGAUCCGGGAGUCACUGGGUAUCAGAAUGGGUCCUGCUGAUGAGAUGAAUAAAAACGACGACGCGCUGCGAGAAACGAUAAAGAAACUCUGGCCCAUUGAAUCGAAGAAGAUCUUGAACUUUCUAGUUCCAACCAACGAAGAGCUUGGCAAUCAUAAAAUGACAGUCGGCAAAAUAUAUGCAGGCCUCUUGAUUGCAGAAAACUGGAAAGCAUUCAAGUCCAACAAA